UGAACGACUGAGAGACCAGAUCAGAUCAGAGGUUAUGAGGAGAUUUUUCAGAGUUGACAGAGAUGAAGAUUACGGUCAGAUUCAGUAUCUCACGGCUAAAUGCAUCCGACUGUCUCAGGAGAAAGCAGUGCUCCAGCGAGAGCUGCUGGUGUCUGGUGAGCGUCAGCAGGUUCUGCAGGCAGAGAUGGAGGGUCUGUCGGUGCGUGUGUGUCAGAGGGAGCAGCUCUAUGUGGAGCUGAGCAUCAAAUACGAACAACUUCUGGAGCGAUUUCAGAAACAGCAGGAACAGGCCGAUCUCCUGCAGCAGCAUUUAAUCUCUGUGACGGAGGAGCGCUGGAGGGAUGCCUCACUGCUGUCUCUUCAGCUGGAGCAGGUGAGCUGUGAUUUACAGCAGCUGCAGGGCUCAGAAAAGCAGCUCAUGGGCCUGGUGGACGAGCUGCCCCAGGAGGCCCAGCUCAGAGCCCAGCAGGCUGAGGUCCUGGAGACGCAGCUCCGCGAGGAGACUCAGAAAAUACAAGACCUAGAGAUGCAGCUAAGCAGUAAAUCGCUGGAGCUGCUGGAGCUCCAGAUGUCCCAUGAAGCCCUGCGGCAGGAUCUGUGCGAUCAGCGCAGCGCCCACCAGAGGACGGUGGAGGAACUGCGGCGCGAGUAUUCAGAGAGUCUCGGCAAACUCCGUGAAACAGCCGAACAGUUUGAGUGGCUCUGCGAGCAGCAGCGGAGGUGGAUGAGCUGCGUCAAGAGGUUUAAGGACUGUCUGUCAGGUGAGAAGGAGUCCCUGGAGCUGCAGGUGAAUGAGCAGUUGGAUACUGUCAGGAAUACUGUGCAUUUCAAUCGAUCCACAGAAUCCUGCAGCAGGUGGGAUGUUGAGGUGACGUCUGACCUCCUGGCUGAGGUGCACCGAUGGAAAAGACUGUAUGAAGACCUGCUCAAACUCACCACACAGCAGGGCCAGUGUGCAGCAGAUGGACACCUCAAACCCCCGUGAGGAUCCAAACACAGACGACAUUUUCACAUCACAAACUGAUUCAAAAGUGAUCCAUAAAAAAACAUUAAACCUGUAGUUCUCUGGUAAUUCUGUUCUUUGGUCUAGUUUCAUUUGUUUUGCCGUUUGUUCUCUGGUGCGCUUAGGGUCACCAGAAUUACAA